CUGCGCUAUCAUCGCAGCGUUAAAUAUUAAAUAAUACUUUAUUUCAAUUUCAGUCUGUCCCGACAGUUGGCGCUGCGAUCGAAUUGAGAGAAAUAUUUUGUUAUUAUUGCGUUAUUUAAACAUCGUGCUGAAUCAAAUAUUAAAUCAACAGUUACUAAUUGUUAAAAAAGUUUUGAAGUGUGCAUAAAAAACAAUACAUUUUGCGACUUUAGUGCAGAAUCGAAAAAAAUGCCACGUCUUCGUGGAAGAGCGAAAAAUAUUGGUCGACGUACUCGGAAUGCGCAAUUGGUCCAUGAUCGUCGAUUAAAUAGAUCAGUUGAAGAACUCUUGACGGAUAAUGUAAAUUCCAGAGAUCAAGUUGCAUGUUCACGAGCAAAUGAAAAUUCAGAGCAACGCGUUCGACGUCUUCAUGCUAAUACAUUAAGACAACGAGAGGCACGUCAACGACUGACCGACGCACAGAGAGAACAUCAAAAUCGGCAAGUGCUCGAAAAUCGAACAUUGACACGAGCAUCACUUAGUCGUCUCGCGUUUGAAUAUGAUCCUAAAAUAGACUAUUCGUCACAUGCACUAAUCACGAUAGGUAGUAUGGACAAAGAGUGUAAAUAUUGUCAUGCUUUUAAGUACAAAGGUGAAUCGGUUGGUUUAUGUUGUGCGUCUGGAAAAAUUUCACUGCCAUCGCUAAAUCCACCACCAGAACCUUUAAAAAUACUUUUAGCCGGAACCACAUCUCAAUCGAAAUUGUUUUUGCGGAAAAUUCGUAAAUUUAAUUCAUGCUUUCAAAUGACAUCAUUUGGAGCAACAAAAAUCGUCCAUAAUGAAGAUGGUUGUAAUUUUGAAUCUACAUUCAAGAUUCAAGGUCAGGUAUACCACCAAAUUAGUUCAUUGCUUCCAAUGCCUGAUGCCGAUCCAAAAUUUCUACAAAUUUACUUUAUGGGCGAUGAGGAGCAACAAUCACAUACACGCUGUGUUUACAACCAUAUAGAGCAGAUGGAAGAACGAGAAAUUGUGGAUAUUUUACAAACGUUUUUGCAAAAUCAUAACCAAUUGAUACGAUUGUUCAAGACUCUUUCUAACAGACUGCAAAACGACAAGUACGUCAUUGUCAUUAAAGCAGACAAAGUGCCCUAUGGCGAACACGCAGGUACAUAUAAUGUUCCAACUAUUAAUGAAGUUGCAGUUGUUAUGGCUGGUGACCCAUGUGAACGGCGAGACAUUCGCAUACAACGCAGAGAUGAUACGGUGCAAAUAAUUCAAGACAAUCAUCGUUCUUACGAUGCUUUGCAGUAUCCAUUGAUAUUUUGGGAAGGAGAAGAUGGAUAUUAUAUCAAUAUUAAACAAAGGAAUCCAACUACAGGUGAAGAACUGAACAAGAAAGUUAGUGCUAUGAACUUUUACGCAUAUCGACUAAUGAUUCGUGCUAAUGAAGACAAUAACAUUCUCCGAUGCAGACAGCUAUUUCAUCAAUACAUUGUCGAUAUGUAUGUAAAAAUCGAAAGUGAGAGAUUACGAUACAUAAAAUUUAAUCAAGCAAAACUUCGUGCUGAGGAGUACAUUCAUUUGCGUGACGCCGUAAUCGGUAACGUAGAUGCAACGAAUAACAUCAACAAUAUCGGGACCGCAUAUAUUCUCCCGUCAUCAUACAUUGGUAGUCCGCGCCAUAUGCAGGAAUACAUUCAAGAUGCCAUGACCUACGUACGUGCAUACGGCCGACCAGAUCUUUUUAUUACAUUUACGUGUAAUCCAAACUGGGAUGAAAUUAAAAAUUUGCUGUUGCCAGGUCAAACAUCGAUGCACCGUCAUGAUGUCACUGCACGUGUUUUUAAACAAAAAUUAAAAUCUUUGAUGAAUUUUAUUACUCAUCACUCGGUAUUUGGUGAAACACGUUGUUGGCUUUACUCGGUUGAAUGGCAAAAACGAGGCUUACCUCAUGCGCAUAUUUUAAUUUGGUUGGUGGAUAAAAUACGCCCAGAAGAAAUUGACAAAAUUAUUUCAGCGGAAAUUCCAGAUCCGAACAUUGAUCAAGAAUUGUUUGACAUUGUUACUACUAAUAUGAUCCAUGGUCCAUGUGGUACUCUAAACAUAAUGUCACCAUGUAUGGAUAAUGGAAAAUGUACAAAGCGUUUUCCAAAACCAUGUGAAACUGAUACUAUCACUAAUAUUGAUGGCUAUCCAUCUUACCGACGUAGAGACGUAGACAAUGGUGGUCAAUCAUAUGAAUUACGUCUGUCAAAUGGUGUAAUAGUAGAUAUUGAUAAUCGCUGGGUAGUCCCAUAUUCACCAUUGCUGUGCAAAACCUACAAAGCGCACAUUAACGUCGAACUAUGCAGUUCAGUGAAGUCGAUCAAAUACAUUUGUAAGUAUGUUCACAAAGGUAGUGAUAAAGCUAUAUUUGCUGUUCAAAAUAUAAACGACAAUGACGAAAUAACACGUUAUCAAAUGGGUCGAUACAUAAGUAGCAACGAAGCUAUUUGGCGCAUUUUUACGUUUCCUAUCCAUGAAAGGGAUCCUGCUGUGAUACAUUUGUCUGUGCAUCUUGAAAACGGACAACGUGUUUACUUCACAGAAGAGACUGCACUACAACAGGCUUUAACGGCUCCAAAAACAACUCUUACUGAAUUUUUUAAACUUUGUAGUCGACAAGAUGUUGUUGGUCAAUUCGCAAGGACAUUAAUAUACGCUGAUGUUCCUAAAUUUUUUAUAUGGAAUAAACAAUCAAAAAAUUGGGAACCGCGGAAACGAGGCACUCCAGUCUCAGGAUUCGCUGACUUAUUUAUGACAAAUACGUUAGGUCGAUUAUAUACAGUUCAUCCGAAGCAACGCGAAUGUUUUUUUUUGCGUUUAUUACUGGUUAACAUUCCUGGACCAACGUCCUUCCAAUAUUUGCGAAAAGUCAAUGGUAUUUUGUACGACACUUUCUUCGAUGCGUGUAGAGAGUUACAUUUAUUGGAGGAUGAUAACCAUUGGGACCUCACACUUACAGAUGCAGCACUGAGCUCAUCUCCACAACAAAUCCGGCAAUUAUUUUCAAUAAUAUUAACAACGUGUUUUCCGUCUGACGCAUCUGCUCUGUGGAACAAAUAUAAAGAUUCAAUGAGUGAAGAUAUUUUGCAUCGGACUAGAAUUGCUAAUCAAAAUCUUAAUAUUGAAUUCUCCGCUGAAAUAUACAACGAAUCAUUAAUAAUGAUUGAGGAUAUUUGUAUUCUUAUUUCGAACAUGCCGCUCAUCCAUUUCGGAAUGCCAGCGCCGAACCGCCCAGCGGUAGAUAUCAUCAAUAGCGAUGUUCAACGUGAACACCAGUUCGAUAAAACUUCUUUGGCUACUUUUGUUGCUAAUAAUGAACAAUUGCUUACUGCUGAACAACGAAAUGUAUAUGAUGAAAUUGACGUAUCAAUUACAGCACAACAAGGUGGUUUCUUUUUUUUGGACGCACCAGGUGGCACUGGUAAAACAUUUCUCAUCUCACUGAUACUUGCGCGCAUUCGAUCACAAAAUCAUAUUGCGUUGGCCGUUGCUUCAUCAGGUAUUGCAGCAACGUUACUUGAUGGUGGACGGACUGCCCAUUCAGCACUAAAAUUACCUUUGAAUGUUCAUACAAAUCCUGAAGCAAUAUGUAACAUAAAGAAGCAUUCAGGCAUGGCUGAAGUUUUGAGAAAAUGCAAAAUUAUUAUCUGGGAUGAAUGUACAAUGGCCCACAAGCAUUCGCUCGAAGCUCUCGACAGGUCUCUGAAAGAUAUCAGAAAUAAUGCUCGGCUUUUCGGUGGUGCUCUACUUCUGCUGUCUGGUGAUUUCAGACAAACACUACCAGUCAUUCCACGUGCGACAUAUGCAGACCAAAUAAACGCAUGUUUGAAAGAAUCUUAUUUAUGGCGAAGUGUCACUAAAUUAUGCCUUACUCUUAAUAUGCGCGUUCAACUUCAGAAUGAUCCAUUAGCAUCAGGAUUCGCUGAACAAUUGUUAAACAUUGGCAACGGUAAAAUUCCAUUGUAUGAAGAUACACAAUAUAUUCGACUACCAGAGAAUUUUUGCAACAUGGUGGCUACCAAAGAUGAGUUAAUAGAAAGUAUCUUUCCAGAUUUGAAACAUAAUUAUACUAAUCAUGUAUGGCUGCGAGAGCGAGCUAUUUUAGCCGCAAAAAAUUUAGAUGUUGACGCCAUCAACUUUAAAAUACAACAGUCAUUGCCUGGUGAUGAAAUUAUAUUUAAAUCGAUUGACACGGUUGUUGAUCCUGACGAAGUUGUCAACUAUCCUGUAGAGUUUCUAAAUUCACUAGAUUUAUCCGGAAUGCCACCGCAUAAUUUGCGGCUGAAAAUUGGCUCACCUAUAAUUUUGCUUCGAAAUUUAAAUGCCCCAAAAUUGUCUCAAUCUUCAAGCAGCGGAGAAGAUUUAGAAGCGCGUGCUUCAGAGGAAAUUCCGCAAUGCUCAAAACAUUUGUCUGUACCAGCAAAACAAAAAAGAGGACGACAAAUAAUAAUAACUCCUAAGUUGGCUGCUGCUUUGGAUAAGUGCAAGAUCAGUGACAGGAAUGCAGUUCAUAUUCUUAUAGCUACACUUGAAGCCCUUGGUCAAGAUGUGGAGACUUUUGCAAUCAACAGGUGGUCUAUUAACAAUUCUCGUGCGAAACUCCGCGAAAAGAAAGCUACCGAAAUCAAAAAUAUCUUUAAGGAUAAGGAAUUGCCUGCCGCUACGAUACAUUGGGAUAGUAAAUUACUGCCAUCACUAACAGGUAAAGAGACAGUAGACCGACUUCCUGUUAUUCUUUCAAAUUGCGGUGCUGAUCAACUUCUUGGUGUACCUGCAUUGCAAUCAGGGAGUGGAAAAGAACAGGCAGCAGCUGUUUGCGAAACUCUUGCGGAUUGGGGCCUUCAGGACUACGUAAAAGCAUUGGUUUUUGACACUACUGCCUCAAAUAGGGGCGCUUUUAAUGGUGCGUGUGUUUUGAUUGAAAGCUUUCUAGAAAAAGAUCUCCUAUAUUUGCCUUGCCGCCAUCACAUAUACGAAAUCAUUUUAAAAGCCGUUUUCGAGGAGAAGAUGGGUAAAACUACCGGCCCAACCGUACCAAUCUUAAGAAGGUUCCAAGCUGCUUGGCCUAAAAUAAAUGUAAAUAAUUUUAAAACCGGAAUCGUGAAUAAGAAGAUCAGAAAACAUUUGGAUCCGGUCGAUGUUUCGCGAGUUCUUGAUUUUAUACGAAGCACAUUGCAAGAACAACAACCGAGAGAGGAUUAUCGAGAAUUUUUACAAUUGGCUGCUAUUUUUCUUGGCGAAAUACCAUCUCGUGGAAUAUCCUUCCGUGCUCCAGGUGCUAUCCAUCAUGCAAGGUGGAUGGCUAAGGCUAUUUAUUGCUUUAAGAUAUUCAUGUUUCGCGAUGAAUUCAAAUUAUCACCGCGUGAGGAAAAUGCAAUUUGUGAUAUUUGCAUUUUCCUUAUCAGUAUAUAUAUCGAAGCGUGGUUUUGUGCACCUUCUGCAGCCAAAGCACCAUUUUUGGAUUUCAGUGUUCUUUCGAAAAUUUAUAAAUACCGGACAGUUGACGAAGACAUCUCUCGUGUAGCUUUACAAAAAAUCAAAAAUAAUUUGUGGUAUUCGGCCUUCUUUGACCCAAAUGUGACGGCAGAAUCAAAAAUUAAAAUGGUAAAGGCGUUGAAUCGUGAAACUGAUGCUGAAUGUGAAAAAAGUAUUAAAAGGAUAACCGUGGAAACAAGCCAAGUUCCUGAAUUAUUAAACCAAGGACUUAACAAUUUGUCUCCAACAAAACAAAACGAUUCUAUGCAAGAUUUAACAUAA